GCGGAGUGGCCCGAUGGGAGAUCAGUUGAACCUCAAUGCUGCCUCCAGCUUCAAGAGCCCGCCAAAGUACUCCUUCACGCACUCGCCGGUGCUGAGCAAGGACAAGGCCUCGAAGCAGCCGGGGCCCGGGGAGUACCCCCUGGUGAAGUCAGAGAAGGACAAAUUCGGGAAGACACCUUCCUGGAGCAUCGGCGCCGCAGGGCGGUCAGAUGGCAAGGCGUGGGCGGCCAUGCCCGGCCCCGGCGCCUACACGCCAGCGGACCCCUCCUUGGUGUCCCCAAAGUGGGGCUUCACCAACGACAAUCGGCUGAAGCCCAACAAGAGGUCUACCACCCCAGGCCCUGGACAGUACGAGCUGAAGACCACGUUGCAGGGAAAGGACGUGUCCAUUUGCAGCAAGCCUGAGGGCAAGAGCCUCACGGCGCUGCCGGGCCCGGGCGCCUUCACCCCCAGCUACGCCAGCACCUCCAACUAUGGGUCGGCGCCUGCCGUGGGCUUCGGAGCCGCCAACAGGGGGAAGAUGGUGUCGUCCAAGACGCCGGGACCUGGGCAGUAUGAGAUUCCCACCACGCUGAUCGGAAAUGUGACCAUGAAGAGCCCGAGCGCGUACUCCAUCAAGGGCAAGUGGCCCCACAUGGGCAGCAGCAAGAGCGCGACUACGCCAGGCGUCGUAGCGUCAUAG